AGAGUCGGCUAUUUGCAAGUCGAGAGCCGCGCGAGUCGGACGUGCGAUCGCCCCAGCAAAUUAAGGGGCAAUAAAAGUAAACAGAUGAAACAAAGUGCAUUCGGCUAAUGGAAGUGGUGGCAAAAGUCAAAGCCAAAGCCACGCGAUAGUUCCGAAAAACAAACAAAUAAUGCAUAAUUGUGUUUGGAGUAAUUAGCACUAGAGGCUGCUGGCGGCUGUCCGACCCAAAAUCGGUCCAAAUUAUACAUUUGGUUGCAAGCGGAUAGGAUUCAGAGCUGCACUGAAGUGGACCCGGAUCCUGACCCAUUUGCAUAUGCAAAUAGCUGAAUCUGCAGGCGAUUGAGUGGCAAACAAUCAGUGCACGUGCCGAAAGUGUUAAACUGUGCCAAACAUAACCAGCAAACAGGCAAAAAGCCAGUGAAUAAAUAACCCUGUUCGAGUGACCCGUGUUCCACCCGAAAAUCAAUUACAAUUUAUUGCACGAGCAUGCCAAACGAUUCGCGGUUGCAACCACAAAAACGCAUCUGAAAAACAAUGCACCUCCAAUCAUCGCUGACCGCCCCCUGGCUAUGCAAAUUAGCGAUUGCAGCGAUUUUGCUAAUUCUACAGCAGAAUGCCAGCGUUGCCCUGCUGCUCAAGUGUCCGCUGCACCAGUUGCAGUUGCAGAAGAUCGUCGGAUUCCGGCCUCCGUUGGAGUAUCUGAAUGAGGGCAACCUGAUCUACGGCCCGGAAAUGGUGGACAACUUCAAGGAGCGCAAUGGGGACCAGGAACUUCCGGUCAGCCAGGUGUGCUGGAGGAUCUGCAACGAGGAUCCCGACUGCAUUGCCUAUGUGCAUCUUCUGGACACGGACGAGUGUCAUGGCUACUCGUACUUCGAGCGAACCUCACGAUAUCUGGCCAUUUCGGGGGAACUGCCUCUGGUGGCCGAUGGCGAGGCCGUGUUCUACGAAAAAACCUGCCUCCGAGUUCCCGAUGCGUGCCGAGGGCGACUCUGGGCACUGACCAAAAUCCCCGGCAGCACCCUGGUCUUCCAGAGCAAGAAGACCAUUUCGACGCUGGUCACGCGGCGUGAGUGCGCCGAGCGCUGCUUCUUCGAAAGCGAAUUUAAAUGCCUCUCCGCCUCCUUUGCGCCAUCGUAUCGGAACAAUCGUGAGCGAUUCCGUGGCGAAGCGAAUCCCGGCCAGAGUCCCUCCCCCCGCCUGGGCAGGUGCAUGCUGAGCGACAGGGACAAGACCAUCCAGCCGGACGCUUUCCGAGCCGCCCCAUACGACGAGGAGUACAUGGAAAACCAGUGCCACGAACGGGCCGUCGAGAGUGACAACUGCUCAUACGAGCUCUAUGCCAACAGCAGCUUCAUCUACGCGGAGGCCAGGUAUUUGGGCCUCUCCCAGAAAGAGUGUCAGGCGCUGUGCUCGCACGAGGCCAAGUUCUACUGCCAGGGGGUCUCCUUCUACUACGUAAACCAGCUGUCCCUCUCCGAGUGCCUCCUCCACUCCGAGGACAUCGUGUCUCUGGGACCCCGGAGCCUGAAACUCCGUGAAAACUCCGUCUACAUGCGGAGGGUCAAGUGCCUGGAUGUCCGGGUGUUUUGCACUCGCGAUGAGAUGUCCAUCAAGUACAACCCAAAGGACUGGUUCGCGGGCAAGAUCUACGCCAGCAUGCACUCCAAGGAAUGCCUGGCCAGAGGAUCCGGCAACGGGAGUGUCCUGCUGGCGCUCCAGAUCGGCAGCGAGAUCAAGGAGAACCGCUGUGGCAUCCUGCGAGCCUAUGAAAUGACGCAGGAAUACCAAAGAACCUUCAUCUCUGCCCUGGUGGUCAUACAGAACAAUCCGAAUGUGCAGACCCAGGGCGACCGGCUUAUCAAGGUCGGAUGCAUACAGAGCAAUGCGACCGCCUCGCUGGGCGUUUCGGUGAGGGACAGCAGCGCGGAUGCUUCUGAGAUAGUGCCCAGCGCCAUCGCCCUAGAAUCCUCGUUGGAGUACGCCGAGCACAUGUUCCCUCACGAAGGCGUGGUGCACUACAACAGCAGUACUGGCCCCCAUCCGCAUCCCAGCAUCUCGCUUCAGAUAGUGGAUCUGUCGCACCAACAUGAGACCAACGACGUGCAAAUUGGACAAAACCUGGAACUCCAGAUCGUCGCAGAGUACAGCCCACAUCAGUUAGCCGAGCACAUGGAGCUGCAGUUGGCACCACUGCCGGACUUUCGAGCCACCUCGCUGGUGGCCAAGACGGCGGACAACGAGAACUACGUUCUGUUGAUCGAUGAGCGCGGAUGUCCCACGGAUGCGAGUGUGUUUCCCGCUUUGGAAAGAAUUCACUCGGCCACCAGAAGUAUGCUGCGAGCCCGCUUUCAUGCCUUCAAGUUUUCCGGAACCGCCAACGUGAGCUUCGAUGUAAAGAUCCGCUUCUGUGUGGAGCGAUGCUCGGCAAGCAACUGCGCUAGUGCAUCCUGGCAGAGGAGACGGCGGCAGGUAGAUCAGCCAGAUCGAAGACCAGAAGACUUGCGUGUCCAGAACCCUGUAUACAUAUCCACCGUGGUGGACGUUGCACCAGAACACGGCAAGGGGAACUAUUCCAUUGCGCAGGAGGAACUGCCUCUGAACUACAAUAUUCGGGUUCACGGCCCGGACAAGAACAACGCCAACAGCUACAUGUACGGCGAGCGGGGAGUGCUGCUGAUAGCUGGCAUAGACGAUCAACUGCACUUGGAUAACGUGUGCAUCAACCAAAGCCUGCUAAUCGCCCUGUUCAUAUUCUGGCUGAUCUGUCAGGUGGCCCUACUCUUCGGCUGCGGCAUGGUGCUGCAGCGCUACCGCCGACUGGCUAAGCUUGAAGACGAGCGGCGCAGACUGCACGAGGAGUACCUGGAGGCGAGACGAGUCCACUGGGCGGACCAGGGCGGAUACACACUAUAAUGUUCGGCUGGGACGCAAUGCGUACAAAAUGCAUCUUAAUUUAAUAAACAUAAACCUAUGCGGAUCUUACAAACGAGUGCAA